GGGGGGCCCGGUGAGCCCUGUCCCGGGCCCUGCCUGGUGACCGGGCGCAGCACCGUGUGUCCGUGCCGAGGGAGGGUUCUGUGCGGUAGCUGUGGUUGUGGGGAGUGGGUGGAUGCGGCAGUGGUGGGACAUUACCUUGUAGCGGGGUGUACCUGCAGGGAGCGAACGCUGGGCUCCCAGAAGGCUGCUGCAACAUCACCUUAUACCCUCCCUGUGCCCCUUUUUCUCCAGGAGCGAUGGAGCAAUCAGCUGCCUCCCCUCGGCUGUUUUCUGAUGAUGACGGUGUUGCAGCCUCCCCUGUUCUUGAAUCUACAGCGACAGGGUUUGCGACUGAUGUGCACAGGAACCUGCUGUCGGAGUUCUCUGCCAUCUCGCCAAAUCUGGAGGGUUCCCAGCAGGCUGUAACAGAAGACAGUAAUGAAAAAUUAAAGGUCUAUCUGAGAGUUCGACCUCUGAAACCUAUAGAGGUGGAAAAAAGAGAAGACCAGGGCUGUGUCUGCAUUGAGAAUUCGGAGACACUUCUUCUAAAAGCCCCUAAAGACUCCUUCAACAUGCGGAGCACAGAACGUGGAAUAGGACAAGCGAUGCACAGAUUCUCUUUCACCAAGAUCUUUGGACCAGAUGUGGGGCAGAAAUUGUUCUUUGAUGCGACAAUGAAGCAGAUCAUAAAGGAUGUCCUGAAUGGGCAGAACUGGCUGGUUUACACCUAUGGCAUCACCAAUUCAGGGAAGACUCACACUAUUCAGGGCACCAACAAAGAUGGGGGGAUUCUGCCUCGCUCCUUAGCGGUCAUCUUCAACAGUGUGGGGGACCAGCUGUACCAAGCCAUGGAUGUGAAGCCUUCCCUCUCCAAUGAGGUGAUCUUGCUGAACAGCACGCAGGUGCGGCAGGAGGAGAACAAGAAGCAGACCGUGCUGCGGGGGGGUCUGCGUGAGGUAAGUGUGUGGCUUCUAGGAGGUUUAACAGGGAAAGGAUGGUGUCACACAACAUACGUGCUCAUGUUCUCUGUUUCCUUCCAGGAGGAGCUGUUAAUGUCACAGAAGAGGCGUCCCACUACUGAAUCUCGGCUCCAGGCCACCACUGGUUGCAGUUUUGACAGUGGAGUUGCUGGCCUCUCUUCAUCUAGCCAACUCGCCAACCAUUCGGACACCAGCCAGCAAGAAGAACCAGGCCCUCGCUGGGCUGACUCGGAUUGUGUUUCACUCACCGACGCAGGAGAUGUGCAGUUCUCCAUCUGGGUCUCCUUUUUUGAGAUUUACAAUGAGUUAAUCUAUGACUUGUUAGAACCGGCUUUACCUAGCCGGACCCGCAAGAGGCAGACACUGCGGCUCUGUGAAGACCAGACUGGCAGCCCCUAUGUGAAAGAUCUGAACUGGAUCAAUGUCCAGGAUGCUGAUGAGGCCUGGAAGCUCCUGAAACUGGGUCGGAAAAACCAGAGUUUUGCUAGCACCCACAUGAACCACAACUCCAGUCGCAGUCACAGUGUCUUCUCCAUUCGGAUUCUACACUUGCAAAGAGGUGGCACUGGAAUUGUUAAAAUCAGCGAGUUAUCCUUGUGUGACCUUGCGGGGUCAGAACGCUGCAAAGACCUGAAAAGCGGGGACCGAAUGAAAGAGGCAAACAACAUCAAUACCUCCCUCCACACGCUGGGUCGCUGCAUUGCUGCCCUCCGCCAGAACCAGCAGUCCAAAAUGAAGCACACCGUGGUUCCCUUCCGGGACAGCAAGCUAACCCGUGUGUUCCAAGGUUUCUUCACUGGACGUGGGCACUCUUGUAUGAUUGUUAACAUUAAUCAGUGUGCAUCUACAUAUGAUGAAACGCUCCAUGUAGCCAAGUUCUCAGCCAUUGCCAGCCAGCUUGUUCAGACACCUCCCACGAAGCUGGGCAUUCCAUCCAUCCAGUCAAUCAUGAAAGAGCACAAGAGGCGAACCAGCCAGGGUUCAGAGGCAACAGCAGCAGCAGCAGAAGUGGUAUCAGAAGGAGGCAGUGAUGAUGAAGCAGAUGCCUCCAUGUAUGACAAAGAGCACUUGUUGCAUGUAGCAGAAGCUGUACGAUUACUGCUGGUGCAAGAGCGGUACGAGAAGCUGCAACUAGAAGCGCGCCUCCGUGAGGAGAUCUGCGAUGAGAUGCUGGAGCGCAUGCAAAAGAAGGAGCAAUGGUGGAGCGAACAUAUGGAUACUCAGAUUGAGCUGCUGGAGGAACUGUAUGAGGAUAAACUGAGUACCCUGAAGGAGUCGCUGAGUGACUAUUACCAGGAGAAGAUCCAGGAACGUGAUGAGACGAUUGAGGAGCUCCAAGCUGCUCUGCAGGAGGCAAAACAAAAAUUGGAAAGCUUGAAUACUAAGCAAAAGAACUCGGGGCAAGGCUUGCGUCGAUCAAAGCGAGUGGCUACCUCAUGCGCUCUGCAACAGGAGCUGGAAGAUACUAAGGCUAGACACGAGCAAUGCCAAAUGGAGUUAAAUGCUGUAAGAGCAGAGUUGUGCAAGUACCAGAAAUUAAUGCAGCCACCUCCCUCUGCCAGACCCAUUACCGUGGAUGUAGACAGGAAGCUGGAGGAUGGACAGAAGAACAUCAGACUGCUGCGUUCAGAAUUACAAAAACUUGGAGUGUGUCUUCAGUCUGCAGGGAGAGCAUGCUGCCACACUACAAGUGCAGGGAAACUUCGAGAAGCCCUUUGUAUGUGUGAUGACAUUCUGGCUAAACAGGACCAGACACUGGCAGAACUGCACAACAACAUGAUGCUGGUAAAACUAGACCUGCGGAAGAAAACAACUUGCAUUGCUGAACAGUACCACACUGUGCAGAAGCUCCAGGCUCCUACACCAUCUAGCAUAAAGAAACGUUUCUGUACCAACAGGGAAAACCUACAACCUCCUACCAAAAAGCCCUUCCUCUACAACCUUAUGUCACGUUCAGCUACUAGUCCUGUUGCUGGCAGAGGGUGGCAACUUCGUUCAGUUGCUCAAUGACUUUUCACAAAGGGAUCCCUGCCCUGCUAUUACUGGCACAGGUGGCAAAUCCAAUAUAAUAGCAUCUUUUUUUUGUCUGUACUUGUUUAUUGUUAUUGUAGCUUCUUCAGUUUAUGUAAACAUUUUUAGAUAUGUAUGUUUAUAAACUUUUAAUCAAUACCAAAGUGGACAAAAUGGCCUUCUGCAAUUUAAACACUACAACAAGGAAAGUCUUUUAAAUAUAAAAGAAUGUGGAUGACCAAAGUUUUUUAACAAAAAGACAAGUUAAAAGUGAGUUCUUAUCUUCAACUUUGUUGGUACAUAAUUAAAAAAUAAGUUCACAAGAUCCUCCUUGAAAUAUAUUUUCCCUUCCUUGAAUUAUAAUCCUUUAUUAAAGUACACACGUUCUA